AAUCAACUUUUAAAAAAUGCUAAACAUGAAAAAUAAAUGAUAAAAAAGUUUAAAUAAAUUAAACUGUCAAAAAAACGACUUCUUCAUUCCGUCCUUUCAUCCCUCUCUUUCCUAGUGUCUCUCUCUCUCUCUCUCUCUCUCUCUCUCUCUGUUGGCAGGCAGCCAAUCAUCUGCCGGCUCUCGCGCCUCCUGUUUCCUCUUCACCUCGUCUCAGCGCCAAUCAGACUGUUCACACCGCGCGCACGGCACGGCACACCGCCACGGGCGCCGCCAACAGCAGGAGACACGGCGGAGGGCACGAGCCAACACUUAAACACACACACACACACACAUGCGCGCCCUCCCCUCUCUGUUACCGAACAUCAGCGUCGCGUGUACCCCCUGCCGCCUUCCCUUCUCCCCUACUUUGCCGCGAGAGCGACGCACGUAUCCGUUCAUAACCUCCGCCAUUAUUCACCCCCUCCCCUCUACCCAUUAUUAUUUUUUUUUCUUUCUUUCUUUCGAGCUCGUCUUUUCCCGCCCCUGCAGGGUCUCCACAGAGCCGCUUCCUCCUCUCGACCGGGCUAAUUUAACGCCUCUCCCCCCUCACUCUCCCCGCCUCGCGCUCGCUUGUGCCAAGCCCAGGUGAUUAUCCAUCCGCCCCCCGUUAUCCGUUACCCCCUCCUCCUCCCCUCCCCCUCCUCCUCCUCUCCUUGGUACCAACAGACCGACAAAUCCCUCCCGGUGCUCCUUUCUCCCCCCACCUCCUCCCCUCCACCCCUCCUCUCCUCUCUUUCUCUGUCUCCUUCCCCGCCAGCCAUGAUCCGUGGCGGGCUAAUUCCCAGACGGUCUUCUUCCUCUUCUCUUCCUUCCUCCUCUUCUUCUCCUCUUCCUCCACCUCCUCCUCCUCGCGGGGCUGAACGAAAUCGUGGCGACCUCGCAGAGCUAACUGCCUGCUGAGCGUACGUGCACGUGUGUACGUUUGUGUGUGUGUGAGGUCAUGUCGGGCAUGACGAGCAGUGUGUGCGUGGAGAGUGACCUCUCCUCGAUGCUACAGAGAAGCUCCGCCCCCUCUCACCAUCACCCAAAUCACCAUGGCUAUGGCGGACAGGGACAGGUUUCUGGCUUGGCACCGAUGCUGGAUUACACCACAGAGAUGGACCGCUACCGUUCCUCCAUAGCCAACUUCUACAAGACCAACGUCAACAUGAACAUGAACGUUACGAACUUCCCUCAGUCUGCCAAACUGGCAGCCCGUUUGGCGGCCGCCGCUCCAAUCUUCCCUCCUACUGCCGCCAGGCUGGGUGCCAUGGCGACGGGGCCCUGGGGUUGCCAUGACAACAUGAACAUGAACAUGAACCACCCGGCGGCCAUGUUCUGGGGCCGACCCAAACCUGUGGCAACUGCGCCGACACAUCACCCCCACCACCACCCCUCAGCAACGCCGGGUCACAUGGCAUCCUCGCACCCCCACGGUACCAGCAUGCACCAGGGAAGCGGGGGCACAGGAGGAGGCAGUGGUGAGGGGGGAGGAGCUGAAAAACAUGGACACACUGCGUCACUUCCUGUUUCACAGGGCACAGCGCACCAUCACCCCAUGGCGCCUAGCAACGGGAACUUCCUCCCUAGUUACAGCAGCGGGGCAGAUUGUGGUGUCAUGAACAAGCAGGGACACACCCACGCGGACAUGAUGGGCCUAUCAGAGGGCAGCAGCUGCAACGGGGGUGGGGUGAUGAGUGGUAGCUUCCUGGGGGGACUGGGAUUACCCCCUGGGGUCAUUGUCAUGGCAAUGGGGUCGGCAGGGGGCGGGAUCUCAGAUGCCAGCAGCGCCUUUCAGAUGACUGGCGGUCAGCGGGCGCUAACGGACUGCCAGCAGCACGCCACCUCCUCCCCCUGCCCCUCCUCAUCCUCGCCCUCAUCUUCGGGUGUAACGGCGGGGGGCGUUUCCCUGUCCUCGUCUUCGUCCUCCUCGUCAGGGACGGUGGCCAAGAGAAAGAGGAAGCGGUGUGGCGUGUGCGGGCCGUGCAGGCGGCUGAUCAACUGCGGCGUGUGCUCGUCAUGCCGCAACAGGAAGACGGGUCACCAGAUCUGCAAGUUCAGGAAGUGUGAGGAGCUGAAGAAGAAGCCGGGGGGAGGAGGGGGGGUGCUGGAGCGGCCGCCCUCCGUCCCAACAGGCGAAGCAUUUCGUUGGUUCUUCUAGCCCUCCCUCCACCAGCAGAGCUGGAGGCCGAGCAGGAAGCCACCAAGACAGAUCACGGACCACAGCUUCAGGAACUGAGCCAGAGGCUUUACAGCAGGAUUUAAAUCCUGAGUGGAGAACAAGUUAUAGCCCACAAAUCCAAUCUCAGCUGGACCGGGAAGCCCGCUGAAGAGAGGAAAAGGAGCAGCUUGAUCUCAGGAAAGAGGAGGAGGAAAAUCAGAGUGUGAGCUCAGAUACUCAGAUCUGUAAAUGUGGUAAAUGUAAUAGUUUGCUCUGUGCUGGACCAUCAAGUCCAGGCAGCUGAGUUACGCUCCAGAAAAGUAGGACAAGUCUGAUAGUCUGGCAUCCUUCCCAAGUGCUGCCUGCUAAAUGCAAAAAUAUGCGUACUGACCGUUCCUGUCCUGAACUGGAUCCCUUGGUUGAAAUUGGGCUUAAUUGUACAUUUUAAGUUAUUUGGAGCUGCAUUUCCACAUCGUUCAGCAGGAAGCAUAGCAAAGCUUUACGACAUAUCUCAGUAUCUUAGAUUCUAAAAAUGUGAUAUCUCAUUAAUCUAACUCAUUACCCCUGCAAUGCCAGUUAAAAUGAUCAUAUACUCUCAGACCGGGACCCUCUGUCCUGAGUGUUAUAGAUUACUGGUGCAACGAUUGUCCCAGCAUUGGAUACUUGAUUGGAAAGCUGUCCAGAUGUGUUAUCCCAUAGCAAAUCUUUCCUGGGCUCAUUCCAGGCACAACCUCUAGUAUUUAUUGUUUCUGACCUGUAAGUGACGCUCACGUCAAUAUGCAAGUCAUUACGACUGGAAGCUCGAUGAGGUCAAACUGAUGCUUCUCAUUAAAGAGUUCUGAUCAACACUCCUCUCUUCUGUGAUGAAACUGCCUUUCUCCUCUUCCUCUUCUUCCUCUUGUCAAACCCCAUUGUAGCCAAACCAGGAAGAUUCAGGACUAAACCAGAGAGACGGUUUCAGUUUGACCAAAACCGACCGACAAGCUCAAAGAGGGAGUUCAAACCGACCUCAGCGGGAAGUGAUCCCAGACUGUUACUAUGGACUACAGCUUACCUGCCGUAGGACUACAACUACCACGUCACUGUUAUCUGUCUCUUCUGUCUACCUCCUCCUCAGAACUUUAAAGGCACCUUGACUGACUUUCACUGGCCGGCGUUCAUACUGGAACAGCACGAGCUGCUUCUUAACUCUCUAUGGUCCAUAGCGGAUCCAGUUCAUGAGGAAUCUGGUGUUUCAUCUUUUAUUUAUUUAUUUUAUUUACUGCUGGGCUCUGUUUCCUAACAGUGUGGUGAGAUUUAUUUUAUUUAUCUGGAGUUGGAAAGUUCUCAGGGCGCAGUCACACUUACAGUUGCUUUUAUAAGCAGACUUCUUGUAUUUGCACAAAAGAUGGCAGCGGGAGGUUUGUAACUUCUGUCUUCUUCCUCUUCUUUCUCUUCUAAAAUGUUCACUCCUUCUGUUCCAAACAUUCAGAUUUCUGUAGUCUGUACUCGUGAGACCCUGGUCAGGACCUCGCAGAGAGUUCAGAACCAGUUUGUGUUAUUGUAUCAGUGCAUAUUGUACCAUGUGGUGAGGACACGAUCGUCCAGCUGCAAUUUAAAUGCAGAUGGAAAUUCAUGAGGAACCUUUCGGAUCUUCUGAGCCAAACUCUGACAUUAAAAACGAACUGACUAGAACAUUCCUGACAACAACCAUGUCAUUUCCAACACGUCUGUGGGUCAACAUGGUCAGAUACUCCGGAGAUUAAAGUUUUGUCUCUAGAAAAAAAGACUGACAGCAGCAGUUUGCUGACAGAUGACACAACUUUCCUCAGUUUGAAGGUCCUUCACAAGUCUAGCUUUAAGCUUUAUUUUGACACAAGAUGCAGUAAAGCAUUGCCUUUUUAUGUUUCUAGAAACCAAGAAUAUUAAUUUAAUUGUCUUUUUUUUUAGCAAAUGCUCCCACAUUAAGAAUAAAAACAUGUUUGUCUUUAUCAACAAGCACAUAUAUAUUUGGAGGUUGGAGGGGUGGUGGUGGAAAGACUUGACUUUCAAGCUGUUUAUCUCGAACAAGACGUUUCUUCUUCUACAUCAGACAGAAUUG